AUGCGGUCUACGCCGACGAGCAAGAGCACCGUCUAUGCGGGGGAUGGUGCGAUGGAUCGUAGGUGGAGGAUGAGCUCCACUAUUUCUCGAUCGAGAUCAGAGAAGGUGGUUGAGGAUGCACCAGAUUGGGGAUAUAGCGGGGCUUCGAAGGAGCUCCAACCAGAGGACCGUGUCAGCUAG